CUGACAGUCACGAAGGGCACAGGGUUUACCUUUUAACUGAGGCAGCAGUUGACUGUAAGGAGGAGCUCGAAACAUUGCUGAACAGACUGACCAUGAAGAUGAAUCUCUUCAAGCAGUUCAUACAAACCUGUCAACAUUCUUCCAAGUUCAAUCAGGUGCAUCUUCCAUACCCACCUAAAAAAUAUAUUUCCUAACUUCUUCGCCUUUCUGCAUCAGUUAUUGAUCUUUUCCUUUUCUUUUGAGACCGAGACAAGACUCACAGAGGAGCUCAUGAAAAAAGAAUUUGAGAAAUUUCACCAGUUUCUGAGACAGGAGGAAGCAGCCAGGCUUCUUGCACUGAGGCUGGAAAAGGAGGAAAAGAUUAGCAAGGCAGAGGAAAGAAUAGCCAAGAUGAAUCAGGUGAUAAAAUCUUUGGAGGAGAAGAUCCAACUGAUUGAAGGGGAGCUCGAUGCUGGAGGAGACGGAACUGAAUUUUUACAGCAUUACCAAGACACAAUGAGCAGCACAUGGAUAAAUCACAUGAUGCCACAGAAAUUGUGCAGACCUCUACUUGAUGUGGCGAAACACUUGGGUAACCUCCUGUAUGCUGUGUGGGAGAAGAUUAAACACAUCGCUCCGUACACUCCAGUCACCCUGGACCCCAGAACAGCUGGCCAGUCUCUCAGAGUAUCUCCUGAGCUUAACAGAGUCCAGAUCACCUCUGGGCCUUUGCUGGAAUCAGAAAAGGAUAUCGAUGAGAUUUUCCCUGUCCCAGCUAACCCUGAACGAUUCCAUCAUACCUCCUGCAUCCUGACUAAAGAGGGCUUUACAACAGGAGAACACAGUUGGGACAUUGAGGUUGGCAACAUUAACAACUGGACACUUGGUGUGGCUGCUCAAUCAGUGCCCAGAAGGGGAGAGUUUGAAGUAUGUCCAGAGGCAGGACUCUGGUGUAUCAGCCUACAAGAUGGAGAGUACCGAGCUCUCACAAGUCCCACUAAAAUCCUCAACUUUGACAACUCACACCACCUCAGCAAGGUCCAUGUGAGGCUGGACUGUGAUGGAGGGAUGCUGGAAUUCAGAAAUGCUGAUACUGGUGUACUUAUUUUUACCUUCACACAUUGCUUUGCUGAAAUAGUGUACCCAUACUUUGAGAGUAUAUAUGUGGGGGGUAGUCUUGCCGUGUUGGCACAAGAAGUGAACAUCAGCUUGGGGUCAGAUUAUAACUCACUGGAAGGUACUGCUAUCAUUUUGGAGGACCAGGAAAUGAAAAGCCAAUCUCCAUCAGAGAACAAUAUUGUCACUGACUCAAACAGCACCAUCAAAAUAGACGUUGGGCAUUUGAUCGAAGACAAGGAGGCAAAAGCAAUUUGUCCGAUUAGAGAGAAUACAACAAAACCUAGUGAAAAGGUAAAUAGAUUAAACAAUACAACUGCUAUCAGAAAACACAUCAGAAAAACCAGAUAUAACGUGACCUACCACGUUUCACUGAACAGAGCCCUGAACAACAUCAACAAUGAAUGUGCCACAAUGAACAUGGCAACCAUAAAUAAAGCUUGAUAAACAGUUACAAGAAUCCUAAUCUCUGUUAUAAAUAACAAGAGUACGCAGCCACACUGAAUUGUAAUAUCUAAAAAUAAAUGCUGGAUUGGUGUAUUGUAAACACAGUUCUAGCAGGUUGCAGUGGUGCUAUGUCUGCCUGCAUCACUUUGUUCCAAACUUUUCUAAAUGUGUCCUUAUUACAUACAUAUGAAUUUUAUUGUUUCUUCUAGUGAGCCAGUUAAACACACAUGCACACAAACACACACACAAACUGGAAUCACAGACAUCACUUUUCCUUCAAAGGACAAGAACAUUAUUAGUGUUUCUUCAUGUUGGCUGUAAGCAGUUAGAAUCACAGGAAGCCCGACAUGACAUCCAGCAGUCUGAGAUUAGGGUCAAUGAUUUUUCUGUUAGUAUUUGAAUUUAUUAGGUUUCCAUGUCUUUCAUUGAUCUAAUAUUCAG